ACAAGGUCGCCCAGUCAUUCAUAUCACAUAUCGUGUUUCGUUGGAAAGUGACUCUUUUCAAUUUCUGAAAGAAUUAUUUUUUGUCUGUUUUACAACACAAACUUUCACAUAAUUCUAUGAGAAGGUACAUGUUGUUCCUCUGAUCUCUGUUGGAUAUUUCUUCCUGAAACUAUUUGAAAUAUACACAUUGACAAUAUCUUGCAAUUAUGAUUGGGGAAGUUAGUACAAACAAAUUUCUAUCAGUUUUCUACAGCAUUGGGAGUAAACCACUAGAGAUGUGGGAUAAACAUGUAGCUUGUCCGUUUCGUAAUAUAACGGACUUAUCUUGAACUCAGGUUUGUAAUGGUCGAGUUUAUCGAAUGACUGAUGAAGAAAUUCAAUCAUAUGUGUUGGAAAUUCUGGGUCAAAAUAUAAGUACAACAUAUAUUACUUGCCCUAAUGCUAAAAAGAAAAGCCUUGCAGUUAAAAUGCCAAUUUUAGUAAUUGUUUUAAAGAAUCUGAAUAAAUAUUUCAGUUUCGAAGUUCAAAUUCUUGAUGAUCAAAACUUGAAGCGAAGAUUUCAUGCAAGUACUUGUCAAACGACAACAGUCGUUAAACCAUUUGCUUGUAUGAUGCCAAUGAAACUUGAUGAAGGUUGGAAUCAAGUACAAUUUGACUUAGCCGAUUUUACUCGAAGAGCCUAUGGAACAACUUACAUAGAAACAGUGAAAUUAAGUGAAGUUGGGAUAAUUCAGUGAUGUCCAACCUAAUCGAGACUUUCUCAUUUUUCU